UUACAUUGACAUUCCCAAAUGCAACUGUCAGAAUUAGAGAGUAUAACACUUACCAAAUUUAACAUAAAAUGGGGUAAACCAGUCCUAAAUGUGACCAAUAACUCCAUCAAGUGCAUGAGAUCUGUAGCAGUUUUAGAUUUAUUUUUGUGUUUGAUUUGUAGUUUUCAGGACUUUGUUUCAUCUAUUAAAACUGGUGCUCAUAUUGGAUACUUUAUUAAUCUGAUUACAGACAGAGAAGGAAACAUACUACCUGUACUUGAAUCAAUGCCAGCACUUCUUUUCCUUCUGGUUAAUACAGGAGAACUGUAUGUAAUUCUAAAAAUUUUUGACAAAACUCCUAGACAGUUUUAUAACCGAGUACUCUUUAUAUUAAUUUUGAUAUCUUUGGUGUUAAUUGUACUCGUUAUAAUGAUAAUGAUAAUAAUACUAGUGGAAGUUUAUAGACCUCAUCCCGAUAUGCACGAAGGUUUAAAACAAGGAAUGCUUUCCUACUCAAACAAUUCUCUAAUCAAAACUACGAUUGAUACUCUACAAAUUGAAUUCCAGUGUUGCGGUAACAAAAAAUAUGAUGAAUGGUAUUCUAUUAAUUGGAGCGAUAAGAAUUAUUUGUCCAAAGGUUUUGAAGAUUCUUCUAAUGGAAAUACACCAUUCAGUUGCUGUUCGAUGAAUUCCUUAUUCCCUUGCAUUCAUCAUGAUAUUGAAAAUACAGGAACUACAUAUUUGUAUGUCCCCGAAAGAAAUUUAAGUAUUUCGACAACAGGGUGUUAUGACAGUUUGUUAAAAACCAAAGUAAAAUAUGGAUGGCAAAUAAUUGGGAAUUUGUUUCUUUUAAUGUUUUUAGAGCUUCUGGCAAUUAUUUUAUUAAGAUUUAUUCAAACUGCCCACUUUUCAUCAAAUUUUAAUUUUACUAAAGAAAAGAUUUUAUACACAAUGUGGCUGAUUGGUCGAUAUAGAGGAAAAAUAAUGGUGCCAGAGAAUGCUCCAGAACCACCACAAGUGCCUCAAGAUUUGAUGUCUUAAUAGUAGUAUUAUUUUAUUGUCAUAAUUAGUAUUAAAUACA